UCUUUUUCACACUCUUUACUUUAAAUGUCCACAGAGACGCUGCAGGACGAUGCAGCAUCCACACACUAUUGAUCAUGAGCACCAGGCUAAGCUGCUUAUAGGAGGACCUUCAGAGAGCCGCAGAACCAGCCCCCCGCUCCCCCUCCAGGAUAACCUGUUCCUCUCCCCUCCUCUACCUGUGUCCCACCCUUAAUCCCUCGCCGGACUCAAAAGAAAAAAAACCUCAACGUGACUAGAUGGCAGUCCUGAAAGUUAAGUUCACCAAAACCAAGAGGGACAAGUUGGCCCAGGUGCUGUGGAUCCUCAACUGGAUCUCAGUGGUGACGGGGGUCAUCCUCUUCAGCCUGGGCCUCUUCCUCAAAGUGGAGAUCAACAAGCGGGGGGAGCUGAUGGCCGAGAGAGACAUCCAGUACGUGCCCAACAUGCUCAUCGCCGUGGGCCUCAUCGCGUGCGCCAUCAACUUCCUGGGCGGCAAGAUCUGCUACGACUGCGUGGACACCACCAAGUUCCUGCGCUGGAAGCUGAUCAUGCUGCCCUACAUCAUCUGCACCUUCUUCUUCACCUUCUGCGUGCUGGUGGGGGCCGUGAUGUGCUACAGCAUGCACGGGGAGCUGGAGGAGGCUCUGAGGCUCGGGCUGACGGAGGCCAUGAAGUUCUACAAGGACACGGACACGCCGGGGCGCUGCUUCCUGAAGCGCACGGUGGACAUGCUGCAGAUCCAGUUCCAGUGCUGCGGAAACAGCGGCUAUAAGGACUGGUUCCAGAUCCAGUGGAUCAGCAACCGCUACCUGGACAUGUCCCACAAGGAGGUGAUGGACCGAUUAAGGAGUAACGUGGAGGGAAAGUACCUGAUGGACGGCGUCCCUUUCAGCUGCUGUAACAUCGACUCGCCGCGACCCUGCAUCCAGCAGCAGAUCACCAACAACUCCGCUCACUUCAACUACGAGCACCAGACGGAGGAGCUGAACCUGUGGAUGAAGGGCUGCCGGCAGGCGCUGCUGGAGUACUACACCCACAUCGUGCAGUCCAUCGGCCUCACAGUGCUCAUCACCUGGCUGUUCGAGCUCUCGGUGUUGACGGGGGUCCGCUACCUUCAGACCUCUCUGGAAAACGUGCUGAGACAGGGAGACCCCAACUCUGAGUCUGACGGCUGGCUACUGGAAAACAGCUUCAUGGAAACGGCUCGCAUCAACCUGAACAUCAUCAAAAACCUGGGGAAGAACAACCAGAUAGACACAGGCGGCAACGGGGAUCCCAACAUCGACGUUCCCUCCACCUCCAAAGCUCGGUACGGACCGGACAACGUUCCCCCCAAGCAAAUAACCGAGGGCAGCUGA